GUUGUGUGGCUCGACCUCGCCACUCCCGCUGCACCUCCGGCUGCGGCGCGCACGCUUUCUGCGCCUUCCGCUCCCGAGCCUCGCCGUCGGCUGGGCUCUUUCCUUGCAGCCGGCUCCAGACCAGAGAGGAGUCCAGAGGGUCCUAGCACUCAUCUUUGGGGCACCAUGCCCAACGACGAAGCAUUCAGCAAGCCCUCGGCACCGUCGGAGGCCGGGGCACCCCCGCAGGGCAAGACGGGGGGCUUCGGCAAAGCGGCAGGACCGCAGCUAACUAGCAACGGUGGUGCGGGAGCCGGGGGCAGCGGCGGCGGCGGCGGAGGCGGCGGCUCGGGCUCGGGCUCCGGCUCCGGGUCGUCGGGCAUGGGCUCCGGGGGCAAGAAGUCCCCGCGGCUGCCCAAGUGCGCGCGAUGCAGGAACCACGGCUACGCGUCGCCGCUCAAGGGCCACAAGCGCUUCUGCAUGUGGCGGGACUGCCAGUGCAAGAAGUGCAACCUGAUCGCGGAGAGACAGCGCGUGAUGGCCGCGCAGGUGGCCCUGAGAAGGCAGCAGGCCCAGGAAGAGGAGCUGGGGAUCAGCCACCCCAUCCCGCUGCCCAGCGCUGCCGAACUGCUUGUCAAGAGAGAGAGCAAUGGCAACAACCCGUGCCUGAUGACCGAGAGCAGCAGCCCCUCGCAGCCGGGGCCGGCCAGCACCCCCACCACUGCCGCAUCAGAGGGACGCAUGGUCAUCCAGGAUAUUCCUGCCGUCACCAGCAGAGGGCACAUGGAGAACACACCUGAUCUGGUUUCUGACUCCACCUACUACAGCAGCUUUUACCAGCCUUCUCUGUUCCCUUACUACAACAAUCUGUACAACUACCCGCAGUACUCCAUGGCCUUGGCCGCGGAUUCCUCUUCCGGGGACGUGGGAAACCCCCUCGGGGGGUCCCCUGUGAAGAACAGCCUGCGGAGCCUCCCGGCACCCUACGUGCCCAGUCAGCCGGGAAACCAGUGGCAGCAGAUGAAGAACUCGGAGAACCGCCACGCAAUGAGCUCGCAGUACAGAAUGCAUUCUUACUACCCGCCUCCCUCCUACCUGGGCCAGAGCGUGUCCCAGAUCUUCACUUUUGAGGACGGCCCCUCUUAUUCGGAAGCCAAAGCAAGCGUAUUCUCGCCGCCCAGCAGUCAAGAUUCUGGCUUGGUUUCCCUCUCCAGCAGCUCUCCCAUUAGUAACGAGAGCACAAAGGGAGUGCUCGAAUGCGAGUCCGCCUCUGAGCCAAGCAGCUUCAGCGUUACUCCGGUCAUCGAAGAGGACGAGUGAAUGGUGCCCGAUGCUUUUGGCGGUUCACUGGGAGUAGCAGGUGUAUUCCAUUUAGACACGGGGUUUGUUGUUCAUAUUUUGUCUUGACUCAGGUCGACUUAACUGUUGAGAACGUGUUUGGUUUCCACUCCUUAGAGCUUAGCCCAGGGGCCAGAAUGUAUUUGGAAUAGUUUAGGAUCCAGGACUACCAUCCACAAGAAUUAAGUGCUUUGCUCACGGAGUUAGAUAGUAGUAUCCCCUCCACCCCUACUUUGUGGAUGAUACUGGUUUACAUUGUAGUUUUCAAGAAAUACAGUAAUUCACUAAAGUAAAGCAGUACAUUUGCAUCUCAGUGUGUCAUGAUUAGAUAUUACCUCUGAUUUUAAAAUGAAAUCUUAGGUGCCUUAGACGUUUCUAUUUUAGUAUUUUAAUAAAGCUGCAAAAAUAUAAAUUUAGCCAAAUACCUGACCAGUGAGAAGAAAAGAGCAGACAAACUUAGUGAUUGUUUUAGAAAUCCACAGAAAGAGUAAAUGGAAAUACGGUGUGUUUGUGUUGCUGUUGGAAAAGCCGAGCCCUACCCCACCCCCCCCCCCAAAUCCAAAACAUGAUUGAAAUACAGUCAGAAAAAGAAAGCGCCUGAGAACCACUGCCCUUUCCAUAAAGGGUUAUUUCAAAACAACACAAUUGAAAGUAACCUCAGUAAUGCAGAAUUCCUGGAUUUGUUUCUAGAAUAAUAGGAGAGUUUAUCAUACACAUUCCUUCUGCUACAGGGGAAAAAUAAAUGGAUGCAAUCUAGACUAUUUUGUAACCUUAGGUUGUAAUCUGAUUUGAAAAUAAGUACAUCUUUAAAAGUUACUACAGAUUUCUGAGUUCAUUACUUUGUUAAAAAUUGCUUGUGGAGUACUUCCUUAUGUAACAGAAGCCAUCCUGAAAUGAAACUAGUCUAAAAAAAUUCAUUGUUCUGUGUAGUUGCAGCUGUACCUGAAAUAAAAAUGUUAUUGAUGACUGAAUUUUCUUGUGUGUAUAUUUGGUGAGCGGUAUUAAACAGGAAAAAAGAAA